UUUCUCACUACUCCAUAGCGAGAAUUACUCACAAGGGAUUCAUGUUGGUGUAUUAAAAUGUCAUGGAGGGACUUUUGUACCCUGCUUUUAUUGUGGAGCUUCUUCCUAGCCGAGGCAGCUUGCAACAAUUCGACCUCCAACGAGACGGUAACAACGGUGGGAACAACCGCAUCCUUUGAGAACACCACUGAAGAGAUCACAACCACCUUGGAUCCUUUUGUCGAACUGUGUCAGAGUACUCAGGUUGCUUACGAAGUGGGAAAGUGCUAUUGCCAAUUGGAUCCAUGUUUGGAUGCGGUUUUUGAAUUAGAAGAUCUGGAUUGGUGUCCCACGUGUUCCAUCCAACCUCCAACCACAACACCCUUGGCCCCUUCGACCACCACAUUUGAUUGGGCCACGCUCUUUACAUCAACUGCGAAUGGUACCAUUGACAACACUACUCUCGCAUGGAACAACAGCACCAACAAUCCAUCAACAACGACGAGUGCAACCACAACUACCACUUCAGUACAAACGACUACAACCACAACCACAACCACAGUAACAACAUCUGGCCUGUACUUGAACGAUUCGACCACUCAUUUUGGCCCUGAUAAUACCACAAUUUCCAAUAGUACCACAGUUUCAGAAACUAUAUUAAGUAACGACACCCGUUGCUCUUUGGUUCCACUUGGUAUUCAGUUGAGCGAUUUGUCCACUUAUACUGGGGGCCUUUGCUGCUGUGCAGAGUACAAGGGUGAGAGGAUACACGUGGCUUUGAAUGUGUCAGGUGGCGACUUACAGUAUGGCAAAUAUUGGACCAAAGCCCUGGAAGAUCGGCGUCAUCCGAUCACAAACGAUCUUUUGAAGAGACUUAACCAAGAAUUGGCAGUGUUAGCUAAAUAUGCCUUCAAAGAAAAGCUGAUCGGUUUCAGAUUCCAUGGGAUUCGACGAGUGAACUUCCUCUACGUAGGCGUGACUUUCACUGUGACGCUGCCACAAUCCCGUUGGGACAAUGAUGUCCUCGUGAAAGCCGUUUUGAGACGGACCAUUGGCCAAUACAAUAAUAUGACCAUUGACAGGGGGAUUUUUAAUUUCACCUACACGGGCUACACCAAAACCAGAUACGAUGAAAUGUCGAUUCAAACGAGGAGAAUUUUGGACAGCGACUUCUUACCCAAGAAGAUUGCCACCCAAGGUUCGUUGGUUGAGGAUGGAGACAACGAAACCGACAUUGCCCUCGUGAUCAUGGUUAUCUUUGGCACAAUCGUGCUCUUGGCUUUAGUGGUUUAUAUUCUCUUCUUCAGUCGAUCUUGUUUCUGCAAAUCUUGGUUUACUUAGCUUUGUUUUGCUCAAAUAGGAAGAAUGAAUGCUAAUCAAUAAAUCUUUGCAUAAUUUGGGGAAUCAA